AUGGCUCAAAAGUGUGUCCAUCAAGGUUGCGGCAAGGAGUAUACAGACCCCGAAGAGGUGUGCCGCUACCACCCCGGUCCCCCCGUCUUCCACGAGGGCCAGAAAGGAUGGAAGUGCUGCAAGCCGCGCGUUCUCACCUUUGAGGAAUUCAUGGCCAUUGAGCCAUGCACCGAGGGCAAGCACAGCACCACCGAUCUCCCGCCAAAGAUCGAAAAGAGGGAAGCUGCUCCGGAAGGUCUCGUCGAGACGACAAACCUCCCUCCCCCGCCACCCCGUGCGCCCGUCGCCGCCCCCCAGCACAUACCCACUCCACCACCCCCCGUCGCCGAGUCGGAGGAUGACGACGCCACAAUCGAGAUUCCGGACGGCCGCGUUUGCAGGCGGAAGGGAUGCGGUGUAGCUUACAAGAAGGGCUCCAACCGGGAAGGCGAGAGCUGCGUGCACCACCCGGGAGCGCCCAUCUUCCACGAGGGCAGCAAGGGUUACAGCUGUUGCAAGCGCCGCGUCCUCGAGUUUGACCAGUUCAUGAAGAUUGAGGGCUGUAAGACAAAGGACAGGCAUCUGUUCGUCGGGAGCGGAGAAAAAGACAAGGCCAAGACGUCGUCGGCUGGUGGUGAAGAGGUCCUGGAGACGGUCAGAACCGACUUUUACCAAACCCCUACAUCGGUGAUUGCCUCGUUCUUCCUCAAGAAGAUCGACAAGGAGGCUUCCAAGGUGGAAUUCCAGGACAAGACCAUCGACCUGGACCUUCUGACGACAGACGCGCCCAUGCCGAAGCGAUACAAGGCGCAGAUCCCGCUGUUUGGGACGAUAGAUGCUGCCAAGUCGACCUUUAAGAUCUUGGGCACCAAGCUUGAAGUUACACUGGUCAAGGCGGACGGCAGCUCUUGGCCGGUACUUCGCAGCGACGAUCGGCUGACGGGUGAGAUUCUUCAGGUUGGACGAGCCGGAAGGGCAUAAGGAGGGGGGUAUGGUGAUGGAAAUCAAAAGAAGCGGAAAAAUAUAGAGACGAAAGUCAUGUGAAACUUUUUUGUAUCUUCUCCUACAAUACCAAGACCGAAUGUGACAUUUGCCAAGGAGCGGCUCGGAGACAAUGUUUGCCAAGUUGUGAUGGGUUGCCGGGUAUUCAGAAUGCUUGACCAGACUUCGCGGGAGACCUUGUUUUUUCUGUUGAAGGGAAUUACAGAUAUUAGGAUCGGAUCCGGGGGGGUUAUUAGACCUGGUAAGGAAUAAUGGGAACACGGGGUUAAAGGCGUGAAAAUGGUUGGAUUCGGGGGGGGUUGAGAUGCUGAUGUGCGAAAUCCCGCCUUACAUAAGGCGCAUCAUGGAAAUGCCAUUUCCCG